UUCUCCCCACCCCAACAACCAUUAUUCAGAUUUCAUAAUACCAUAUAUCGUAGUACCCAACCCCCAUGGAUCCUAAUUAUGGAGAGUGGAAUUUCUCUGAGAUCAAGAUAGCGAAAGCUCUCAUUGCUAGCCACAAUGCCAAGAGUAGCUAUUCUAGUGACAUGAACAAUAAGCAAACUGACAUUAUAGACAUGCUCCAAGCAAGGUUUCCCACAAAAGAGAAGCAUAAGGUAACCAAACUGUAUGUUGAUCUCAUGUUGGAGAAGAUGCAGAUGAUAUUGAGUGGCAACCAACAUGCAACAAUGGGUAAGAAGCUUGUGAAUGACAAGUUUGGGAUGUCGAUAGAGGAUCCAGCCAUAGAUUUCAUGGGUGGUGAUUUAGUGGAGAAAAGGACGGCCAAAAGGAAGGCAAGGGAGGAUAUGAAUACCCACCUAGAUUCUCAGAAGGAGAGGCGGUACCGAAGGUUUUGGACCAUAGACGAACACAGGAAUUUCCUCUAUGGUUUGCGUGCAUAUGGUCGAAGCGACUGGAAGAACAUCUCAAAGCACUUUGUUACCACUAGGACGCCAAUGCAAAUCUCUAGCCAUGCCCAAAAGUAUUUCCAUAGGAUGGAGAACAUUGCUAGGAGGCAGCGGAGCAGCAUCAAUGACAUUGUCCUCCACGAUGAUGAACCCAGGGUGCAAAGUAAUGAUUCUAGCCUACAGAGGUUCACCUUCACCAGUGGAACCUACAACCCAAAUCAUUAUGGCUCUAGCAGCCAAUUUGUCGCCAUGAGUAACAUUGCCAAGCAUAUGUGGUUUCCAUCUGUAUGUUGUAUUGACCAAGAGAGCACCAGCAACAACCAAAUCACUACCUUAGAUAGAGGUGGGUCUGGUGGUUCUUGUGUGGCUCUAGAGGUGCAGGGGGUUGGGAGCAAGGCAAAACUAAUUAGUGAUUAGGAGGGAGAUUUUCUUGUUGGUCAAUGGAUGAUGAUGCUGAUGAUGAAAUAGGUGUUACAUCUAGCCAAGUACCCUAUGAUUCUUGGCGACCUAUUAGUUCAUCAUAUACAUGUGAAUUAAAUGUUAUAUCCAAUAGUAGGGAGGGCACAAUUUCGUCACAAUGAAACCUUUUGAAUUAUUA